ACAGAAAAUUGAGCAAAUCGGCAGAAUGACGCAGAUGUCGCAAGACGAAAUUAUAAGCAAUACAAAAACUGUUUUGCAAGGCUUGGAAGCCUUGCGGGUCGAACAUGUUUCCAUAAUGAACGGUAUAUCAGAGGUGCAAAAAGAUAAUGAAAAAUCUGAUAUAUUACGAAAGAAUAUUGAAAACAUUGAACUUGGCUUGAGUGAAGCACAAGUCAUGAUGGCCCUAACAUCGCACUUGCAAAACAUUGAAGCUGAAAAGCAAAAACUAAAGACACAAGUACGCCGUCUGCAUCAGGAAAACGCUUGGCUGCGAGACGAACUUGCCAAUACACAGCAGAAGUUUCAGGCGUCCGAGCAAUUGGUAGCACAACUGGAAGAGGAAAAAAAACAUCUGGAAUUUAUGGCAUCAGUAAGGAAAUAUGAUGACAAUCAAGAGCAAGACGAGUCCUGCGAGAAGGCCCGCAAUGAUCCUGUCGUCGAGCUAUUUCCCGAUGAGGAAAACGAAGACAGGCACAAUAUGUCUCCAACACCUCCAAGCCAAUUUGCUAAUCAAACGUCCGGCUAUGAGAUUCCAGCCAGAUUGCGAACACUUCACAAUCUUGUUAUACAAUAUGCAUCACAGGGCAGAUAUGAAGUUGCAGUGCCUCUUUGCAAGCAAGCACUCGAAGAUCUUGAGAAAACAAGUGGCCACGAUCAUCCAGACGUUGCGACAAUGUUAAACAUUUUGGCACUUGUUUAUCGUGAUCAAAACAAAUACAAGGAGGCGGCAAAUUUAUUGAACGACGCUCUGUCCAUUCGUGGCAAGACACUGGGUGAAAAUCAUCCAGCCGUAGCUGCGACCUUAAACAAUUUAGCCGUGCUAUACGGCAAACGCGGUAAAUACAAGGAUGCCGAACCACUUUGUAAGCGUGCUUUAGAAAUACGUGAAAAGGUUCUUGGCAAGGACCAUCCAGAUGUUGCAAAACAGUUGAAUAACUUGGCUUUGCUUUGUCAGAACCAAAGCAAAUACGAUGAAGUUGAGAAGUAUUAUCAGAGAGCACUUGAUAUUUAUGAAUCAAAGCUUGGUCCUGAUGAUCCCAAUGUAGCUAAAACGAAAAAUAACUUGGCCGGAUGCUAUCUCAAGCAAGGGCGAUACGCAGAAGCUGAAAUCCUCUAUAAACAGGUGUUGACGCGAGCCCAUGAACGGGAAUUUGGUGCGAUUGAUAGCAAAAAUAAACCCAUCUGGCAGGUGGCCGAGGAACGCGAGGAGCACAAGCACGACAAGCGCGAAAAUACACCAUAUGGCGAGUACGGUGGAUGGCACAAGGCUGCGAAGGUUGAUUCGCCUACCGUAACCACAACGUUGAAAAACCUGGGCGCACUCUAUAGGCGCCAGGGCAUGUUCGAGGCAGCCGAAACUCUUGAGGAUUGUGCGAUGCGCAGUAAAAAAGAAGCUUACGAUUUGGCUAAACAAACUAAAGUCGCACAACUUCUCACGUCGACCGAAAAGCGGCGAUCGAAACAGAUGAACGAUAUGGAAUUUUCCGAUGAGGUAAUAUAUUUUAUAUAAGUCAUCAAUCAAUAUAAAAGAAGAAACUUUAAGAAUCGGUUAUGAUUUGAAAUCGGUUAAGCCUUAAGCACAUUCUUUGUCGUCUGGUCUUUGUGGAAUCAGUGUGCUCCUUAUAUAUAAGCUAACUCGAACAUUAACAUUAUUUAUUCAUUCCUUAAUAUUAAUUUGGUCAAUUUUCUCAAUUACGGAGUUAAGUCAUAAAAAAUCAUGUUUUUCGAAAAUUUGCAAUUGUUUGUUCUAAAUUUUUUGAUUAAAAAUAUCUUUACAUUACAUUUUAACCGAGUAUUGAGAGAACUGACUUAAGUUGACUCAAGCAUAAUUAAGUAAAAAGUAAACCAUGUUUUAUAAUUUGUUAUCUCUACAAAAUAUAGGAACGGCUUUUUAAUAAACAACCAAAAAUAA